AAGAUAAAACAAAAUACUAUUUCACAAUUAAACCAUUAACCUAAAUUUUGGUCUUUCUUCUACAGUUUUUACGAAUCGACUAAUUCCUUAAUUUUAUAACGAGCACACGUAUCCUGUCGCUUAAUUGUCAUGACCGCAGAUCGGAGACUGUAUCGUCCAAGAAGCGUGCGCCGACAUCGCGCUGCGUUCGAUCAUGCAUACAGGUCAGCUGUCCCGGCGCGACACAGCAAAGAGCAUUUUCCCCAGCGAGACGUUGAAAAAUCGACUGUGUUCGAUUUGGUGUACAAAUAUCUGGGCAAAUGCGCCGAGAAGGAGAUGAAGUGGAAGCAGCGAAACUGCGCGUGCAACAAAUUCAAUAAACGACACGCGAGAAAGAAAGACAUUCACGGACGUGACGUAGCUACAAUUCGUACAAAUCUCGACGAAAGAAUCUUUGGUGAUAAUAAGGAGAGACCUCGAUUACGCGCGGAUAAAAAUAUACUUUCUAAUAGAGUGUCUAGAAGUUCGUCGAGAGAAUGUAUCGCCGAUUACGCGAGAGCCGUCCGCGAUGGUACAUAUAACAAAUUCGUUUAAAUGUUCAGAGAUCGAAUAUAGCUCGAUCAAAGAGCCAUAAAUUCGUAGAAUCAAAUCUUUGAAAGUUUUCAGAACAAAAAAAAAGAAAAGAUAAAUAUAGAAACAAAAUGACGAAUGAAAACACGAAUUGAUUGUAUCAGUAGCGCGUUUAAUUUACCUAUAGGCUUUUAGAGCUCUAGGGCUCUAGA